AUGGGGUUGCGCCCAUUAUCACUGGUCCCUGCGUUCUCCUUGUUCUUCCCUCGCCGUCUUCCCGUCGACCGUCUUCCCGGUCUCGAUCUGUGUAAGUUUUGGCAAGACUGUCUUACCACUGUGAAAAUUGUUGGUCCUCUUAUUAAGUUGUUGAGACUUGUUGAUGCUGAUGAAAAACCCUCUUUGAGAAUCGUGUAUGAAGGCAUGCAAAGAGCAAAAAAUGCUAUCAAGACCAUGUUCAGAAAUCGGAAAGUUGCUUAUACGCCAUACACGAGUAUCUUGAAAAUGAGGUGGGAUAAGCAUUUGAAGCGUGAUCUCCAUGCGGCAGCGUACUUUUUAAAUCCGGGCAUUUUUUACAGUGAGGGUUUUGUUGAUAAGGCAAAUGUUUUGAGAUCUUUACUUGAUUUGCUUGAUGUUGAAACACUUUGUGAUAACUCAGUUGCUGCAAUGCAAGAGAUACAGCUGUAUCGAGAUUGUAAAGAAAGUUUUGGGAGGGAAAGUGCUAAGAGAGCGAAAUCAAGACUCGAACCUGGUGAAUGGUGGAGGCUACACGGUGGGAGUGCUCCUAAUUUGCAAAAAAUGGCAGUCCGUCUUCUUCAUCAAACCUCUUCUUCAUCUGGAUGUGAGAGGAACUGGAGCCUUUUUGAACAAAUCCAAAGAGGAGGAACCGGUUAG